AGAAGAAGCGCAUUUCCUCGCAGGGAAUGUCAAAGUUAGUGAAAUUAUGACACGGCGUGAUUGUUUCCUGACGAAAGUUAACAGAAUAGACGUCUGGGUAGUUCUUUUAAGCAGAUAUGAACCAGUAACAGAUGCGUCGACCUGACGAAACCGGCGAAACUUUAUCUACGCCUGCGCACUCCUAACUGGAUAUCAAGCCUCCCUUCCUCCCCGCCAACUUGCACCGCAGGGUCGGGCGGACGUCGACUCACAACAACCCCGAGUUGAUUUGCGUGCUUAAUUGGUCACUUUCCGAGACAACAUGGAUAGCCCACAUCGUAUCGACAACGACCUGCCUCUCCUGUUGCCGUCCCUUCGCCUCUUCAUCCCCCCCCUCCGCCUGGUGUCUGCAGCCAUGUGGCACGUCGUCCAGCGGGGACACGUGCAGGACUACGGGAUGGUGGAGGAGUUCAUCGCCACCGUCACAGAAGUGGUUCCUGAACUGCUGAACGCCGAUCAGAAAGCCCAGCUCCUCCUGGGACUCAGAGCGCGGGUGGUUCUUGAAUUGUGUCGGGCUGAGCAGAUAACGGACACGGAAACCAUUGAGAUGCACCUGGACCGCAUCAAGGCUCUCGUAUCCACCUGGGCAGCGCAGCCGUGUUUCGCAGAGGUCGAGUUUCCAGAGUCAAACUUUGUGGAUCAAGUCGAGUUGUUGUUAAAAGACACCGAAGAGAAGGAGAAGUUCUUUCAGGAUGUCUUCCCUACAGACUUUGGGCCUGAAUACGACAGCGCCCUGCAGGUGCUGAUGCUGGAUUUUCUGUCCAGACUGGAGAAGCUUCUCCCAGUGCCAGACCUUCAACAGACUGCAUCCCUGCUCAGCGCUGUCCCCUCUGCCCUGGAGGAGUGUGCACACUCGGUUCCCGACCCGUUGCACCUGAAGACCGUGCUCCUGUACCACACGACCCUCGGACAUUUUGAUUUAUCUGAUGAAACUCAGACCAUUCCAUCCUCCUUCGGAAACUGCAUCCUGUCUUCGCUGUCCCUUCCUCAGCUGGAGAAGGUCGUGAUCCAUCCGGACGAAAUGCACCUGCAGCCGUCAUCGGAGCAGAUGCCGGACUGUAUGACCGUGCAGGUGGAGGGUGAGACUGUGACGCUGCUGGACUACAUACAGAUCGAACAGCCGCCCGGUUUGAUCGAGCACAACGAUCCGGACGAGCACGAGCUGAACGAGGAGGAGGUGGCUGGAGAUGCGACGCACGAGGAGGAGGAGGAGGAGGAGGAGGAGGAGGAGGAGGCGGGCGACGCCUUAAAGCCGGCGUCUUUUCAGCCGCUGAAACAGAGUAAAAGGCUCCAGCUUAAGAGAAAAUCACUAAAAGAAAAGAAAGACUCCACGUCUGCUAAGAGGCAGAGAAAAAAGUACCCUAAUAAUAAGACGUGUCCCGUGUGCAAUAAGAUUUUCCGGAGAGCUGCAGCCAUGAGGAGGCACCAGGAAAUUCACAACACGAACCGGGACCUCAAGUACAAGUGCGCCAACUGUGACAAGCGAUUCAGGGACCACUACGACAUGAACCGACACUGCAUGCGCGUUCACGAGAAAGGAGACUUCGGCGUCUGCGCCAAAGAGGAGGACUUCGUGGAUCCCGGCACGUCGGAGACGUCGGAGAACAAAAACUGCUCUCUGUGCGGGAAGUACUUCGCCCGCCAGGUGGACAUGGACCGGCACAUAAAGUCCCACUCGGAGGACAGGCCGUACAAGUGCUCUUUCUGCGAGAAGAAAUUCAAGAACCCGUACGUUUUAAAGAGGCACCAGAAGGAGAUCUGUAAGAGCAGGGAGCAGAAAAAGCCAAAGAGGAGGGAGACGCCCUGCUCGAGUCCUCUGACGGCCACGGAGGCUUCGACGGAGGGGAAGAUCUGCCCCAUCUGCAGCCGGGUCCUUCCCUGCACCGCGGACAUGGCGAAGCACCUACGAUCUCACACGGAGGAGCGUCCCUUCAUCUGCGUCUCUUGCGAGAAGGGCUUCAAAUACAAAGACACACUAAAGAAGCAUCAGAUCAUUCACGGCCACGAAGGCAUCAGGGAGGAGCAGAGCAAGUCGGUGGAGCAGAUUCUGGCCGACACGCUGAACUGCGCCGAUAUCGACGGGCUCUGCAAUAAAGACGCUCAACCAGGUGCGGCCGCCUCCGAAGAGGCCUCCUCUGUGCACAAGGUUAAGAAAAAAGCCCACAAAGUGUGUCCCGUCUGCUCCAGGGCGUUCGACAGCGUCAAAACGCUCAACAGGCACAUCCAGUGUCACACGGACGACCGGCCCUACCACUGCGUCCACUGCAAGAAGCGCUUCAAGCACAUGCACGGCCUGAAGAGGCACCAGAUUUACGCCAUCUGUCACAAGAAAACUGCCAGAUUCUUGUGGAAGAAGGAGCUAAGGGCCGGGCCGAGCCAAAGCGACGCGGCCUCGGCCGACGGCCAGCAGGGGGCGCCGCUGAAGAUACCCGUGUGGUGCUCCAACUGCGGCAAACACUUUGAAUACCUCUCCGCUUUGAAGGAGCACCAGCAGAACGUCUGCCAGGUGGACCUGAGGGAGAUCAUGAAAUGCGACGACUGCGGGAAGGAGUUCAAGAGCAUGACGAUGCUCAAGGUGCACCAGAGGAUCCACGACCCGCUCUACUGCAAAGAGUGCGGGAAGAUCCUCGCCAACGAGGCCGCCUUCGAGCGCCACAAGCUCAUGCACAGGCCGAUGCAGUGCACGAUGUGCGACGAGACUUUCACCCUGCUCAGGCGCUUGAGGGAACACUACGAGAAGCAGCACAGCUUCACCGGACCUUACCCGUGCGCGCAGUGCAACAAAACCUUCAUGCAGCUGUCCUACCUCGCCAUCCACCAGAGGAUCCACAAAGGAGAGUUCCCGUACGUCUGCGACAUGUGCCCGGAGAGGUUCAGGUCGUCCAACACCCUCACGGUCCACCAGCGGAAACACACCGGGGAGAAACCCUUCCUGUGCUGGCAGUGCGGGAAGUGCUACCGCUCGGCCUCGGAGCUCACGGUCCACAUGGGGACCCACUCGGAGGAGAGGCCGUGGUCGUGCACGCAGUGCGACAUGGCGUACCGCACGAAGCUGCAGCUCACGAACCACGUGGAGCAAAUCCACAUCGGCGUCCGCUACCCCUGCAACAGCUGCGGGAAGCAGUUCAUGAAGGAGACGUCGCUGAAGAGGCACGAGCUCAUCCACACGGGGGAGAGGCCGCACCAGUGCACCGUCUGCGGCAAGACCUUCCUGACGGCCAACGAGCUGCGCCUGCACAACCGCUACCACACCGGGGAGCGGCCGUACAAGUGCGAAGAGUGCGGCAAAGCCUUCAUCCAGUCGGGCUACCUCAAGUCGCACAUGCGCAUCCACACGGGAGAGAAGCCAUUUAAAUGUGACAUAUGCGACAAAGGCUUCCGGCUGUCGUACCACAUGAAGAAACACAGGCGGACUCACGCCGGGAAACCAAAGAGCUACGCGUGCGAGGAGUGCGGGUUAUCAUUCCUCCAGAAAAAGUCCCUGUGGGAACACUCGCUGACUCACGACGUGAAAAUCGAGUCCUCGUUCACCGACGAAGUCAGGAUAGAAUUUCAGUAGAAAAACACUUUUUUCCGCAAGAUGUUGCAAGUUCGACCAAGAAACACUUCAUUUCGUUGGGUUUAUUCAUAAGCUGGUGCUCUUUGUUUUCCACUCCUGCUUCGUUUUGUUCUUAUGAAAAACAUAUUGAUGUCAUGUAUCUACUGGAACUCAGUGAAUAUGUUGUUUUUGUUUGUUUUUUUAAAAAAAUAAAUCAAUCAUCAAUGAA